AUCGGCUAGUGGUUCGAAAAUCGCCGGCGCAUCACGUGAGUACGGAGACCGAAGCGCCACGAGAGGACUAGAAAUCCUCCAGGUCAUCACCCAUAAAAUAUAUUAUCAGAAAUAUCUAGAGAAGGCUAUAAAUAUUAUUUCUCACAGUUCUUUCGUUGAAAGAUUUCUCUGUCCUGAGCACACUCUGAAAAGCUAAAAUCCCUAAAACAAAAAUUCUCUGAAAAAGAUUCACCCAACGAAAGCAGAAGCGAGAAAAACGAAAACGCUGUUGGAGAGAACGAAUACUAAUACUACUGAAAUUUCAGAAACGGUUUCUUCUUCUCUAUGACGCUACAAAGUUGUUGUGAGAGAUUUUUGAAUAUGGGUAUCUAUAAUAAUCAAAGUUCUAGCGUGGGUGCCAUUGAUUUAUCCAGGAAAAGGAAGCGGAGAGACGGCAUUAAUGUGGCCGAGACUCUCGCAAAGUGGAAGCAAUAUAAUGCCCUUAUUGAAUCUGGUGAUGGUGGGAAUAAACUGGUGCGGAAAGUUCCUGCAAAGGGCUCGAAGAAGGGCUGUAUGAAAGGCAAGGGAGGGCCGGAGAAUGCAGGGUGUAAUUAUAGAGGUGUGAGGCAGAGGACUUGGGGCAAGUGGGUUGCGGAGAUCAGGGAGCCAAACAGGGGAAAGAGGUUGUGGCUUGGCACAUUUCCCACUGCUGUUAAGGCUGCUCUUGCUUAUGAUGAAGCUGCCAGGGCAAUGUAUGGUUCUGGUGCACGACUUAACUUGCGAGAUGUUUCUAAUUCAAAUGAGUAUUCAAAGGAUUCUGACUCCGCAACAUCUAACCAGUUUGAGAUUGAGGAUUCUAAGUUGAGGAAUGAUGUUAGGGAAGCUGAAUCUAGGAUCAAUACUGAGCCUGAAGUCAAAUUGUCAAAUACUCCAGAGAAACCCAAAAGUAAAACUACAUCUAACUGGUUUGAGAUUGAGGAUUAUAAGUUGAGAAAUGAUGUUAGGGAAGCUGAAUCUAGAAUCAAUACUGAGCCUGAAGUCAAAUUGUCAAGUGCUCCAGAGAACCCCAAAACUAAAGUGGAACCUGUGGAUGAUGAACAGUAUGAUAGGAAGCCAGAAGUUAGAGAUGAGGCUGCUUUGGGUACUACUUGUGCCUCUCAACCCGAAUUUAAGGAGCAGCCUAUGAAUCUAGCAGACUACUGUUGGAUGGAUGCACAAGAAUGGCAAAAUAUGCCAAUUGAUGAGAUGUUUGAUGUGAAUGAUCUGCUGAAUAUGAUAGAUAGUAAUCCUCUUUGCAUCCCAGAACCAGUGGAUGAGUUGAGUUUUGACACUCAUGAUCAACUAGGACUACUUCACUAUGGCCAUAUGCAGUGUGAGAAGCCAUUAGAUUUGUCUUACCAGCUGUCAAAUCAAUCUGGGGAUAUGUCUGGUGGUUUGCAUACAGAACAGGGGGCUUCAGAUUAUGGCCUUCAAUUCCUGAAACUAGAGGAUAGCAAUGACUCUGGAUUCUGAGGACAUCCCAGUUUGGAUGCGCAUUGCAGCUGAUCCGAUAUGAAAAUCUGUGUUGGUCAUUUGUGAUUAAUAUGUCUAAUAGGUCUUGUCCAAGAUGAACUGAAGAUGUUUUCUACCAUAUAGACGUGCUCCGCAGAAUGAAUUGCUACUGAGUUAGUUUUGGACUAAAGGUGCUUAUUCUCUAUAGGGUUUUAGACAAGAGAACUGAGCCGAUAUAUUUGUUUGCGCCAUUACUGAUGGGGUUGGGGAUUGCUUAUGUAAGUUAUUAAUGGUUGAGAUACAAAUUCUUUGUUGUAGAUACACAGUAUUACUCAGUUUAUGCUGUGAUCUUAUUAAGUAGUUAAAGAUUUCAAUGUAAUCUAUACCGGAUAGGAAUUUUGAAAUUCUGGUUGUUUAACUGUUGUUCGUCAGGUUUCUUAUUCAAUAGUGGCGUUUCUGCUUGUUUGGUUUUAA